CCAUCGCAGUGACAAUUUCUUUUCCUGCAGCGGUGGCUGCAGGGACGGCAGCUGCUGGGGCGUCCGACCUGCGCGUGAGUUUGCGAGGUCGCUGUCAGCCUCCGGGUGCAGCGAGCCACGGCGGCGAACCAGAGGCGGAGGAAGCGCUGUGCUAGGCGAGGAGCCCCAGGGACUGGAACUAUUGAUUGCAAAGCUCCAUCGGUCCGCAGAGGAAGAGGGGGAGGUGGCCCGGCCCAGGCGGGCGAGCCGGUGCCUCCUCGUUGUGUGCCUCACCGCCCUGCUGCAGGGCCUUCCAGCAAAAGCCUCCGCGACCCGGGCUGUUCGGCCAGACGGAUGCCAAGGCCCCUCGGCGGGCUCGGGGACAGCUGCUGCGGUCGCCGUCCCAAGCGGGCUCCGGACUUUAGGGGUUGCUGAUGAAGUGAUUGAGAAGAAAGAGUAAACAACUUCAUUUCAUAGACAGGACACCAUGGACCAGCCAUUUACUGUCAACACUCUGAAAAAGUUAGCUGCUAUGCCUGACCAUACGGAUGUCUCCUUGAGUCCAGAAGAGCGAGUCCGCGCUCUGAGCAAGCUGGGUUGUAAUAUUAGUAUUAGCGAAGACAUCACCCCACGCUGCUACUUUCGAUCUGGAGUAGAAAUGGAAAGGAUGGCAUGUGUGUAUUUAGAAGAAGGAAACUUGGAAAAUGCCUUUGUUCUCUACAAUAAAUUUAUAACCUUGUUUGUAGAAAAACUUCCCAGCCAUCGAGAUUACCAGCAAUGUGCAGUACCGGAAAAGCAGGAUAUUAUGAAGAAACUGAAGGAGAUUGCAUUCCCAAGGACAGAUGAAUUGAAAAAGGACCUUUUAAAGAAAUAUAACGUAGAAUACCAAGAAUAUUUGCAAAGCAAAAACAAAUAUAAAGCCGAAAUUCUCAAAAAACUGGAACAUCAGAGACUGAUAGAGGCUGAGAGGAAGCGGAUCGCCCAGAUGCGCCAGCAGCAGCUAGAAUCAGAGCAGUUUCUGUUUUUCGAAGAUCAACUUAAGAAGCAAGAAUUAGCCCGGGGUCAUAUACCCAGCCAGGAAACCUCGGUGCUGUCAGAGCAGAUUGAUGGGAGUGCUUUGUCCUGUCUUUCCACGUGCCAGAACAAUUCCUUGCUGAAUAUACUUGGAGAUCAACCUAAUAAAAGUGAUGCAAGCGAUCUGGCCAGCCACUCUCCUCCAGUCAACAGGGCCUUAAAGCCAGCUGCUACUCUAAGUGCUGUUCAGAAUUUAGUAGUUGAAGGACUGCGAUGUGUGGUUUUAUCAAGAGACCUUUCCCACAGAUUUUUGUUGCUUGCAGAAUCUAAUACAGUGAGAGGAAUAGAAACCUGUGGAAUACUCUGUGGAAAACUGACACAUAAUGAAUUUACAAUUACCCACGUAAUCGUGCCAAGGCAGUCUGCGGGACCUGACUAUUGUGACGUGGAGAAUGUGGAGGAAUUAUUCAGUGUUCAAGAUCAACACGGUCUUCUCACUCUGGGAUGGAUUCAUGAUGCUGGCCAAGAUUUCCUGGACACUUCUGGGGACCUCCAAGAGCCCCUGAAGAGUGAUAAGUGACCAUUUUUAAUUUUACUUGCUUUAUAGAGAAGCAUCAAUUGGUUCAGGACACACACAAGCCAAGCAUUUGGUGUUGGGUAAUUUAAGAGAGUGGAGGAGGCUUUAGUUUUAGUUUCACCUAUAAAUUACGAUGUGCCCUUGGUCAGGACUCACAGUUCCCUUAUUUCAGGUUCCUUCAUUAAUCAGUUCCAUUAAUGAAUUACUUCCCUUCCUCAUGGGAUUUGUGUGAACCAUAGACAAUAGGUAUGAAAGCCCUUUGAAAAGCAUAAACUGCCUUUCAAAUGCAAGAAAUUACUUGUAAUAAAUUUGCAAAACUUUCUUUAUGUCCAUUUGUUUUACUUAACAGUAGGUAAUGUGCCUUACUCUUUGCUUAGAAAUUGAUGAUUUCAAAUACAUUAAUUUAAUGUGACUUUUAUGUAACAAGAAUGUAUAACAAAGCAAAAACAAAAUUGUAGCAAAUAAAUUGAACAUAAACUAAGGAAGAGUGACAGUGCAUUUAAUUGUACAUGUUCAAAAGUCAGAUUUAGUUUAUCUUAGAAAACAUUUUCCAAAUUAAAGGCAGAAGUUUUUAUCUUAAGACCUUUGUAUAUAAUGAAUGUAUAUAAUGAAGUUAAGUAUUUAAUGAACUUGACAUAAUUGUAGACUUUUUUGACUUUGCUUUUUGUUUAAUUUAUUUUACCAUAUAGAACUCUAUAAAGUUAUGUUUCUAAACCUCAAUGGUUGUAAUGACUUUUGGUGAUAAUGCUAUUGAGCAUAAUGACAGCAACAAAUUCCAGAGUUAACUUUUUUCAGAUAUAAAUGAGCCAUUGGAAAGGAGAAUUGAAUCAGAAUCAGACAGAUCUGGAUUUGUAUUAAGUUUUCUCAGCUUAACUAGCCCUGUAACCUUCAGCAGAUCACUUCCUAUUCUGUUGAGCUCAGUUUCCUCAUCUGUAAAAUGGGGAUAAUAACACUUAUCUUUUUGCUAUAAAAUUAAAUGAGAUGAUUCAUGGAAAGUGACAGUUCAAUGCCUGGCACAUUGUUCAGUUGCGUUAAAUGGUGUCUCCUCUCGUGUCUUUGAGUCGUCGCCGUCAUCAUCAUCAUUUUUAUUUUCAUAGAGUGGGGAGUAGGAGAACUGUCCUCAUCAGAGAAAUAAUUCCUUUUGGCAGAAAUGAAGGGCUCAGAAUCUCUUGUGGUGUGCAUUCAUUUUGAAAAUAAAUUAAUAGUCAUAAUAAUAAAUUGUCUGUUGCCAGUCUGCUCACUGCCCCCAAGGCACUACAACUCCUAGGAACACGUAUUACCUUCUCACCAAGGUCUGGAAAGCUCUCUGUACUUGUUGGAGUUUUUCACAAAUUCAGAUAAAGGGCAGCCAGAUCCUCACAUUUGUGCCCUCACUAAAAAUUUGAGUUUUAAAAGUUAGGAUAAUUUCCUUUCCUCAGUCCUUCUAGAGCUUUGCAAACCAAGUUAAGAGUUAUUUUUUUCCUAUUGAACAUGCAUCUUUCUGUAGACAGAUGUCCAUGGAAUUUACCUUCACUAUGUUAAAGGGGAAAAGAAUUUUAUUUAUUUUUUUGGUUUUUUAAAAAUUGCAUUAUUUUUAUUGAGGUAAUGUUGGUUCAUAAUACUGCAUAGGAUUUCGGGGUACAGGUUCACACCUCCUCAGAUGUCAGUCACCACACACACACCCCAAGAUCUCAUGACCCCCCACAAUCCCUUGGGCCCCUCCCACCUUUACCCUCCACCCCAUAUGAUCUGGUAGCCUCAAUUCUUUAGUCAUAUUUCUAGGGUUUGUUUUGGUUUUAUUUUUGUCUGUUUCUUUGUUUUAUUUCUUUAUAUUCCACACAUGAGUGAUACAUCUGAAAUUCCCUUUUUUCUGUUUUAUAUAAUAACCUCUAGUUCCACCCAUAAUGUCACAAAUGGCAAGAUUUCAUCUUUUUAUUUUAUAGCUGAGUUGUAUUUCAUUGAAUAAAUAUACCACAUGUUCAAAGGGGAAAGGAAUUUUAAAAUCUUGGAUUUCUUCAACAGGACUUCAGUAUGUGUAAAAAGCAUGAAAUUAUUUCUGUGGGCCAAUGACUUUUAAUUAAUAUAGCAACACUAACAUAGCAGCAAUAACAUAGCAAUCCUUUCUUUCUGUGUGCUAGGCACUGUUCUAAGAACUUUUAUGUGAAUUGUCUCAUCUAAUUU